AGCUGCAGCAUUGAAGACUUUGUCCUGAUGCAUCGCGAUGAUACAAUGCAUCAAGGUAAAUUGAAAUAUGAGUUCCAGGGCCUUUCGAAAUUGUCGGCAUUAUGCCAGAAGGUCGCUACAAAAUGAGAAGAAUCGGCAAAUCUCUUAUAACUAAGGCUGAUAAGGAACAACAGAGGAACUGGCCUACUGAUUGGUCGAUGCCGAUGAACAUGGAGGAGCUUCUUGAGGAUUUAGAGAAUGAAGUAAACGUCGAGAGCGACUUUGCACUCAGGUUGCCCGUGAUAGAAUCAAAAUUAUAAAAUCCCCGAGCGCAAAAUUAUGACAGUUCUAGAUCAUGUCUGUAGAAUCACAGCCGCGGCCGCCCACUGUCGGCACCAUGGGGAGUCAACUCAUAUGGGAGAAUGGGAUACAGUACGGCGUCGCCGGACCACAACCUGACAACACUAUGGCAUCCAGAAAAAAUGGCGGCUUUGACAAGUAUGAAGGUUUAUUGAGUCAGUUUUAGUUAACCUCUCUUUUAUUUGUGUCUGGAUGGCCUUGCACGUAGGUUUUUCGGGUAAGACUAUACUUUAGCGCAU